AGAGCCGCCGAGCCUCGGCUGGAGGCACACAGCCUGGCUCCUGCUCCGGCUUCGGCUCCGGCUCCGGCUCCGGCCCCGGCCCCGGCCCCGGAGGAUGCGGCGUGCCCAGGAUGCUGCCGCGCCUGGUAGUGCUGCUGGCGGUGCUCCUCAGCCUGCGCCUCGGCUCCUGCGCGCGCGGGACAGAUCUGCCCAGCCCUCCAUCUGUGUGGUUUGAAGCAGAAUUUUUCUCCCAUGUCCUCCACUGGACUCCCAUCCCGAAACCGUCAAACAGCACCUACUAUGAAGUAGAGCUUCUGAGGUAUGGGCUAGAACCCUGGAAGUCCAUCCCCAGCUGCAGCCAGACCCAGGUGUCGUUCUGUGAUCUCACUGUGGUGACCCUGGACCUGUACCACAACAAUGGCUACCGAGCCAAGGUCCGCACGGUGGAUGGAAACCAGUACUCCAACUGGACCUUCACCAACACCCGCUUCUCCGUGGAUGAAGUGACUCUGACGAUUGGCAGCGUGAAGCUAGAGGUGCACAAUGGCAUCAUCCUCGGGAAGAUCCAGCCCCCCAGGCCCAAGAUAGCCCCUGCAGGCGACACUUACGAAAGCGUCUUCCAACACUUCCGCGAGUAUGAGAUUCAGAUUCGCAAGGUGCCGGGGAACUACACGUUCACAAAGGAGAAGGUGAAGCAUGAAAACUUCAGCCUCUCACCCCCUGGAGAUCUAGGAGAGUUCUGUGUCAAGGUGAAGCCAUCUGUGAGCUCCCGCCUGAACAAGGGGGUAUGGUCCAAGGAGGAGUGCGUCGUGCUCACCCAGCAGUAUUUCACCACAACCAACCUCAGCAUCUUCUUCACCUUCGUCCUGCUUCUGUGCGGAGCCCUGGCCUACUGCCUGGCCCUCCAUCUGUACGUGCGGCGCCGGAGGAAGCUGCCCACCGUCCUGGUCUUCGAGAAGCCCCAGGCCUCCAGCUUUGUCAGCCGGCUUCCCUGCCCCGAGCCCCAGGACACCAUCCAUCCCCUGGACGAGGAGGCCUGCCCCAAAGUGUCCCCAGAGCUGAAGAACUCGGAACUGCACGGCAGCACGGACAGCGGCUUUGGCAGUGCCAGGCCAUCCCUGCAGAAUGAAGAGCCCCAGUUCCUCCUCCCUGCCCCCCACCCCCAGGCUGGCGGCACCGCGGGCAAGGGGGCGCUCCCGGAGCUGGAGGGCGGCGGAAGCAGCGGCACGGACAGCGGGAUCUGCCUGCAGGAGCCCGGCCUGAGUCCCGGCACUGGCCCCAGCUGGGAGCGGCGGGUGGGGGACAGCAGCCCGGGCCAGGAUGACAGUGGCAUUGGCCUCGUCCAGAACUCUGACGGGCAGCCUGGGGACGGGCGGAGUGGCUCCGCCUUGGGCCCUGCCAAUGCCCCCGGGCCUGAGGGGCCUGGGGAAGAAGACCCAGCCUCAGUGGCAUUCCGGGGCUACCUGAAGCAGACCAGAUGCACAGAGGAGAAAGCAGCCAAGACAGGCUGCCUGGAGGAAGAGUCCUCUUUGACAGACAGCCUUGGCCCCAGGUUCAGGACGUGCCUGGAUGCUGAGGCAGGCUGGUCUCCACCAGUGCUGGCCAAGGGCUAUUUGAAACAGGACCCGGGAAUGACUGUCACUACCUCGGGGACCUCAACUGGACAGUGGGACCAGCCGACGGAGGAAUGGUCACUCCUGGGCUUGACCAGCUGUGCUGACCUAGGAGCAUCUGACUGGAGCUUGGCCCAUGAUCUUGCCCCUGUGGACUGUGUGGCAGCCCCAGGCGGUCUCCUGGGCAGUUUCGACUCAAACCUGGUCACCCUGCCACUGAUCUCCAGCCUCCACUCCAAUGAGUGACUCAGGCUAAGGGGCUGCUUUUGAUUUCAGCCACGAGGGCCCCCCGGGGUCAGAAGUGACGCACGAGGCCAGUGUGAGCCCUCAUCAGCAGGCCCAGCAGGGCUGGCCAAGGGGCCCGGGGCAGAGAGAGACUCUCUCGCUGAACUACCGCAGGCUGUAUGGGUGGCGUCGGCUGGGCUGCAGGAGGACUCCAAAGACUCAGGCAGAGCCAGGCAGGGCCGGGCGGAGGUCUCCUCCCUCCUCCGGGCUCUUCCUGUACUGUAACAGAUUAUUUGCUCAGGGGAAUCACUGGUUUUCUGGAAGUGUGGGGAGGCCCAAGCUGCAGUCAGUAAGGACCCAGGCCUCCCCCCUAGACCCACCAAGUGCCAGCGCCUCCAGCCGGAUGGAGGGCUGGGCGGGGCAGUUUCCCUGAAGGAGCAGAGACCAAGUCUGAUCUCUGGCAUGGUCAGAGCUGGUCAGCCUGGGAUGGUCAUAGGAAGAAGCUUCCCGGCUGGCAGUCCUCCCAGGCAGGGAGCUUGUCACGGAAGAUCUUACAAUGUAUCUGUCCUGGUCAGUCAGUCUACCACCAUGGUUAUAGAGCCACCAGGGGAUGAAGCCCCUGUGGCCGAGCCACUCACUACCUCCACCCUGUUGCCCCCACCAUCUUGCUGAUGGUACCAGAGAAACCACGGUUCUUUGUAUUGGGCAAAAUUCAACACUUCAGGUGGUCUCUGGGCUUGGGCACCAGCUCGCCCACCCCAGACGGUCAGGGUUGGGACCUACACUGUUUACUGCUAGUAUCCAGCUACAGACCCACGGGACACGGCACUGGGCUCCGACCCAUGCUCUCGGUGUCCAGCUGUGUGAGCUUGGGCCAAGCCACUUCUCAGAGACCCUGUUAUUCUCUGAUAGCAUAUGUGGAAUAAUGACUCAGUCUCCAGUGGGCCCUCCAUGCUGGAUGGUAACCAAGCUGGCAUCAGGGGUGGCAUCCCCAGCCUGGUGUGGCCCUGGGCUGGGAGGAAGUUGCCUGCAGAACCUAUAUCUGCACAGAGCCAGCUUCUUUCGCAUGCCGGGGAUUAACAGAUUUAGCAGAAGUCCAUGGUGUCAUGCGAAGAGGACUACCCGACCCUGGGCCCAGGAAGGGGACAGGUAUAGGCCCUGCCUCCCCAUAGUCUAUUUGGAUUCUAUCUUCAAAGCGAGUUUACAGUCCAAGGGCAAGGAAGCUGGGGGGAGUGACAGGCCUGGGGUCUGCCUGCCCCCCGCUUCCGAGUCACCACUCGGCCCUGCAUUUUUCUGUGGCAUUCCGAGAAGAGACACUCCAGCUCAGGAAAUCCACCCAGAACCACCCCGACUCCCCCACCACAUCCUACCCAGAAGCUCUGAUGUGCCAGUCUGCUAACUGAACUCCCUCUCAAAACUUGGGCUUGCGGGAAGAUUCCUCAGGGUUCCCUUGGAAGGUUUAUUUAUUUAUUUUGUUCACUUAUUUAUUGACGAAGCAGCAUGGUACAGUGCAAGGAUUCUGGGUAUUUCAAGAACCUGGAGGUUCUCAUUCUGACUCCACUGUUUCUUGCAUCUCCUCAUCUGUAAAGUGAAGGGUCUCGGCUUCUUCGUCUGUCAAACUAGAAAGCCACGCCUGCCGUGUUCAAUGGACAGGGGUGUGAGGCUCUGAGGCGGUGGGUCUGAAUGUGCCUUGCACGCAAGCCUCUCUAAAUCAGAGACGCAUGUUUUUUAUUUCAAUAAAUUGUCAGGACCUCAGGAAUCAUGUGAAACCAAAUUUCUGAUCAAAAACGGUGACUGGUGGAAGCCUCAGGUUGUUGAUAACUGAGGUUGAUAACCAGAUGUGUGAUGUGGCUUGAGCAGGACCGAAGACUCGGGCUCAAGUCAGACAGACACAGGUAGGAGUCCUCAAGCUAACAUGAAGUAUGUAAUGGGUAUGGAUAACAGUGUUUCGAGUGUGGCGUCUGGCCAGUUGGAAAAGAGACCAGACCAGACCUCCCUGGAGCUCUGUCACCUGCCCUUCUCGACGUGGAGGUGCGUCCCAGGGGUGUUUCUCAUAAGUGCGGAAGCCAUCUGCAUUUGAUUCUGAGAGCAGCCUGCUCUUUCCACGAAAAGCCACACGUGGGUUUGAGUCUCUCCCCAAGCUCAGCCCUGCGGGUGGAGCAAACUCAGGGCCCUGGCCAGAGUCUCCAGUGCACUUUGCGCUUUGUCCCAUCCUGGAUCCCCGAGGUGGUGAACGGGGACACCUCAUCCCCGUUCCUCUGUGUCAUCUCCAACGAUGCUUCUCCCCGUUUCAUUCUGAGGAAAUAACCAGUUCUGGGAAGCACCGAUCCUAUCAUCUUCAGAGAACUUGAUUAAUAUCACACCAUUUGGAACCAAUCAAAUUGAUUUGCCCUGGAGGCCUCCCUGUCCUAUUGGUUAAGAGGUGUGGGGUCUCCUGGAAAUGAGUGUUGGAGAUGGCCUCUGCCCCCAGGAAAAGUCCCUUGAGGCACGUUGGAUGGAGAGUAGCAGAGAGGUGAAUACGAAGACGGAGAGAGUAAGAGGAAUCAGCAACCGGGGCCGGCAAGAGAGCAAACACAGAGCAGCUGGGAAAACGGAGUCUGAGGAUGUGGGCUCUGCUGCAGGCCUUGCCUGCUUCCCUCGGGAAGCAUGAACAGGACUUUGUGCUGGGUCUCCUGCCCGGCCCAGUCGGGGCUUGUGGGGGAAACAGAGUCCUUCCUGCAGGUGGUGCUGAGACGCUCACCAGCUUUUUGGGAAUUGGAUUCAAGUGCCCCACAGAAGGCCGUUUGUUGUUAAACUGAGUAAUCUCCCUCGAGGGCUUUUCCAGGCUGAGGAAUGUGUGAUUCUGGGUUUCUAUGAGCUAACGGAACUUCCUCUUAGUAAGGAGAGAGGGGAAAUGGACCAACGUUGACUGAAGAGGAAAUUUCUAUUGAACUGUGUUUUCCCGGCUUUCUAAAUAGCUGUAUCAAGGAGUCUGCCUUGUCUUCCCCGAAGAUCUCUACCCCCUGCAAGGCACACAACACACUAUCCCAGAAUACACACGGUCACAGAGGGGGCUCACUGCCCUGCUGAGUGGGAGCUCUCGGAGCCCCGCGUGGGGACGGCAGAGACAGGGGCGCCGUAGGCCGUGUCCGCCGGGGACAGCAUGCUGGUGGCCGUGAGAGACAGGUUCAGGCGGCGAGGGCUGACUUUAUGUAGCCCCAACCUAGAGGACACCAGGUAGUGGGAGGCAUGACUCAUCCGUUUCCUGUAGUGCUCGCAGGUUUCAGGGGUUUUUUUUUUUUAUUUUUUUUAGAUAUUUAUUUAUUUGAGAGAGAGAGAGAAUGAGAGACAGAGAGCACAUGAGGGGGGGGAGGGUCAGAGGGAGAAGCAGACUCCCUGCUGAGCAGGGAGCCCGAUGCGGGACUCGAUCCUGGGACUCCAGGAUCAUGACCUGAGCCGAAGGCAGUCACUUAACCAACUGAGCCACCCAGGCGCCCCAGGGUUACUUUUAGAGCACGUCCAUAAUUUGAAAUUAAAUGCAUUUUUAUUAAUGAUUCACAGCACCCUUCCUCACUAUCAGCUUGAUCUUAAGUUCACCUAGCUCCCGUAAACAUUCGACCCAGCGGGGGAAGGGGGGGGUUGGACCCAAUAAACACUCUGACAAGGAAGGGUUGGGUCGUUGGAAUUAGCGUUUUACAAAGCUAACCCUGAUCAAAGCAUAAGGCAUGAAUCAGAAGGGAUGAGGCAGGAUGUAGGGACCUGGUUGGAGGUGCAUGUAGUCAGCAUUUCUUCAAAAAACAUUUUUAAGUGCCCAGGCCUGGGUCCACAGGGAACAAAAGAGGUGCAGCUCCAUGGAGGGGGCUAUCUGGCUAUGAAGCUAACAGACUAGCAGAUACAUCUUUACAAUCAGCGGUGAGUGCCAUGAAAGGAACUAAGAUGGGAAAACAAGGAACGGAGACGAGAUGCGGAGAAACUGUGCAGAGGAAGCUGUCUUAGUUUGCUCGGGCUGCCAUAACAAAAUACCAUGGACAAGACACAUUUCUCAUCGUUCUGGAGGCUGCAAGUCCAAGACCAAGGUGCCAGCCAAUUUGGUUCUUGGUGAGGGCUCUCUUUCUGGCUUACAGAAGGCCCCCUUCUCCUUUGUGCUCAUGGGAGGAAGAGGGGAGGGGGAGAAGAGAGGAGGAGCAGUAAAGAGAGAGAGCUCCAGCUAGGCAAGCACCCUGGUCUCUCUUCCUUUUUUUUUUUUUUUUUUUAUGAUUUAUUUGAGAGAGACAGCAUGCCCUUGAGCAGGGGGAAGGGGGGGGAGGGAGAGAGAAUCCCUAAACAGGCUACCCACCAAGCAAGGAGCCCCGACACAAGGCUCAAUCCCAGGACCCCAAGAUCAUGACCUAAGCUGAGACCAAGAGCUGGCCACCCAACCAACUGAGCCACACAGGCGCCCAUCUUCCUCUUCCUAUAGGGACUCUCAUCACAUCAUGGGGACCCCGCCCUCAUGACCUCAUCUAACCCCUAAUAGCCUCCCAAAGGCCCCACCUCCUGAUACCGCCGCAUUAGGAGUCUGGGCUUCAACAUACGAAUUUGGAAGGGACACAAACAUUCAGUCCACAACAGGCUUAAACGGUAAUCCAAUCCAAUGACAACACUGAGCAGGGACAGCGGGAAUGGAGAGCAGGUGAUAGAUUCAAAAGGCAUUCUGCAGAGAGCGCAGGGAAGACUCCAUAGCAGGCUGCAGUGAAAGAGGCACUGAUCCCACUCGAACACGGAGCUGGAGGAAAGUGAAACACGCACGUGGAAGGGA